ACUCACAUGGAUUGGUCAAAAGUCGGUAGCCCAUUCUUUCAAUACAGCCAAUUUCUUUUCUAUUUUCGUGUUCCUUUUGGCGCCGGUAACACCGUGUGCUUACCAGUCAGAUGGACACUUCGCGCUUUACCUUGUGUUUCCUUGGAUACACGUCUUCUCAAUGGGUUUCAGAUCGGCAAUUCGUUCCCACGUCCGUAGGGUGGUCAGCGUUGAGGCUGGUGCUGUGCUCCGAUAUUAACUGUGACGAACAACGGCCAGCACAGCCUACGCUUAUAGGCUAUAUUUGCGGAGUGCCGAACUGUCGGAUCAGCCUCAGCUGCUUCAUCGACACUAAUUAUACGCGAAUUGCUGCACCAUUUGCUGCUCACCGUUCGCUUUUCUCGAGUGGUGAAACCGAACAGCGUGCUGCUCCAUCUGGCAGUGCGGUGAACGACCCCAACACCUGGUCCUCCAUCCAUGAACUUACCGUUCACUGCGGUCAGCGGCUCUGCGCUGCCAUUAUAGAGGCCGGUUCACUAGUUAUAGUAAUGCGAGGGUCAGCAACCAGAUCCUACAACAAACCUACCUGCCUAAUCGCACUGUCAUCUGAUCGUUCCCGGCCCGAGUGUCAAAACAUUCGGCUCACGAACCACCGAACAAUCGUUGCCGAGCCGAAGUAUGCGAUCCCUCCCCGUGCAGGGUCUAUUAACCGUUUCAGCCGGUCAAAUAUCGCCUAGCCAUCUCCAACCCUAAAGCGCCUGUCUCCGACGCCUUCACAGACCUCUCGCUUUCUCAGCAUCAUCAAGCCAGGUCACACCCCCAUGAUCGAUUUGACAUACGACUUGAUGCCGAGAAGAACUUCCUCCUGCCCGUAGCCACCUGCGCCUGAGGUCUCAUCUAGCCAGACCCUUGGUAGCCUUGCGACGCUCAUUCUCUGCGGUCCCGCAUCAGCACUGUUAGUUAAAGCUUGUCCUAUAAUGGCAGCAGUCCGCCUCCUCCGUUCCCACUACCCCAGGUCAUCCGCGAUGAUCUCAGUAUUCCCCAGCCUUCAGCCCCUGUUUCCGCGCAUCGACCUUCACCGUCUCACCUAUCCCUGAUCACCACGAUCACAUGCUCCUACUCUUAGUAAGAUGGCACUUAUCUGCGAUACAAUGCUUACCUGGCCGUCAAUCUUACUGCAUACGUCCUAAUCUCAGGGCGAACGGUGAGGGCCGAG